AUGUCAUCUGGCGGGCCUUCCCCUGCUAUGCAGGGUCCACUACCUCCGGAUGAGGACCGUGGACCCAGGCUCGAAGCGGCGUACUGGACGUGGUCAGCUGUGUCCAUUCUUAUGCUGUGUCUCCGGUUCUAUGCCCGCGUCAAGAUCCGGGGUCUUGGAUGGGAUGACUGGAUGAUGCUGAUAACUGUGAUUCUUUUCGUCAUCACAGCAUGUUUCGUGACUUAUAUGGCUAGUAUUGGAGGAGCACGACAUGUGUUCUACUUGAGCCCGGAACAGACGAUGGAGGCCGUCAAGUGGAGUUGGAUCUCCCAGCCGUGGGCCAUCUUCCUGUUCGCAACAGGCAAGGCUUCGGUGGCCAUUCUUAUACUUCGCUUCAUGUCACGCAACACGGUCUGGCGCCGGGCCGUGCUGUAUUUUAUCAUCGUGACCAUUUUCAUCAUCAAUGCCCUGGGAUGCAUCUUCACAUUUGUCCAAUGCGAUCCUCCCCGCGCUCUCUGGAACCCGACCAUCAAGGCGAAAUGCUGGGACCCAUCGGUCCAGCAGAAUUAUAACUACUUCCUCGCCGGUGAGUCGCUCCGCUCUUGCUGCAGCUACGAGCUCGUGCUCCACGCAUGGAGAGGCACAACGGUGUUUGCUGACAAUGCCACAGCUUGGAAUAUUGCCGCCGACUUGGUCCUCGCUAUUUUACCGGCAACGAUUAUCAGCAGACUAAACCUACAACGUGGGAAAAAGAUUGCGCUUUGUGUAUUGCUUGGUCUCGGUGUCAUUGCCGCCCUCUUCAGCGGUAUCAAAGUACGCUACAUCGUCGACCUCACCUCCCGAAGUGAUUUCACAUGGAGUGCCUACGAUAUCCAGAUGUGGACCGGCGCCGAAGCUUUCGUGAUGAUUUUCUGUGGUAAUAUUCCACCACUGCAGCCCCUCUGGGAUCGUUACGUCACCCACAAGCUCGACUCUUCCUAUGGUCGUACGCCUCUCAAGGGUGGAUACAGUGGCUACAGCGGCGGAUCUCCGCCCUCGAGCAGGUUCCGCCGCAGCAACUGGCGUGGUAUCAGCUCCGCCAAACAGUCCUUGAAGACCCAGGGCAGCGACAUAGACCAGCCGCUGCCUAUGCAACAACCUCCCAUGGGGCAAAUUGCGGCGACCACCAAUAUUGAGGUCCGAAUGGGCCCCAAGGGUGUCGCAAAUGGUGGCCGAGGGGACUGGGCUUGA